AUGUUCUAUGAACUUCCUGUGCACCCGCUGCCGCCACCACGUACUUCACCAUCUACCAAUCACAAAGGUAUGUAUGCAUGUAAUCCUUCAAAAGGGGCUACAAAUGACUUCUCUGAUUCUAAUAAACUUGGGGAAGGUGGAUUUGGAGCUGGUAGGCUCUCUAAUGGACAAACGAUCGCUGUUAAAAGGUUGUCCAUGAAUUCUGGCCAAGGAGAUAUAGAAUUUAAGAAUGAAGUGCUUUUAAUGGCCAAACUUCAACACCGGAAUUUGGUUAGACUACUUGGUUUUACUAUUGAAGGGAGAGAAAGACUACUUGUCUAUGAAUUUAUUCCCAAUAAAAGUCUAGACUACUUCAUAUUCGAUCCACUGAAGAAAGCACAAUUAGAUUGGGAGAAGCGCUACAAAAUCAUUCAAGGCAUUGCUCGAGGCGUUCUUUAUCUUCAUGGGGAUUCAAGACUGCGUAUUAUACACCGCGAUCUCAAAGCAAGCAACAUUCUCUUAGACGAAGACGUGAAUGCUAAGAUCUCAGAUUUUGGCAUGGCAAGACUUAUUCUUGUGGAUCAAACCCAAGCAAAUACAAGUAGAGUUGUUGAAACCUAG